UGCCCGUCACCGAUCCCUCUGGAUCCGAGAAGAACAGAGGAGUGAAUCGCCCCCCCUGACAUGUGCUCCUGCAGGAGAAAAAAUCCCCGAGUGGAAAAGGAUUUCAUAAACCCACAGUGAGGAGUUUCUCGCGCAGUCUGCAGUGCCAACGCUUCGGUCCUGACGCUCCUUUUAUGCACGGAUCUCCUCCAGUCCGGGCAUUGUCAACAGAGGUUGCGCAAGUGAAAGUGAUAUCAGAGCAGGCGGCUGUGUCUCUCUGCAGGAUCCUCACUCGCCCCGAAGCAGAAGCAGAAGGAGGUUUAAGCUCGUCUGGAGGUUUUUGUGUUUUCGGGAAAGAACAAAAGCAGCAACAUGUCCAAACCUAAUUACUCCGGCGCGUUCCAUAUGGUGGAGCAGGUGAAUAUGGACGCGUACCUCGCAGCUUUGGACAUAAACUUUGCUCUGAGGAAGAUCGUGUGUCUCUUGAAGCCGAGCAAAGAGAUCACCCAUGACCCGGCUUCAGGGUCCAUGAAGAUCCGCACUCUCACCACCUUCAAGAACUUCAACAUGGAUUUCAAGAUCGGAGAAGAGUUCACUGAAGACCUGGGGCCAGUGGACGGACGUGUGUGUCAGACCACGGUGAACUGGGAAGGAGACAAGCUGCUCUGUGUGCAGAGAGGCGAGAAGGAGGGCCGAGGCUGGACCCACUGGCUGGAGGGAGACAAGCUGCACUUGGAGAUGAGAGUUAAGGACAUCGUUGCCAAGCAAGUCUUCAAGAAGGGGGAUUGAAGUGAAGCGGAAAUGAGUGUGUUUGUGUAUAAACACAAUUAAUUUUUAGCCAGAAAAUUGUCCAGCACCUGGUACAGGAAUUAAAUUGUGUUAAACGUUUAUUCGUUUUUUUGAAAAUGUAAUCAACAAUGUUUUGAAAUUUAGCAAUAAGACUGAAUAUGUGCUGUUAUGUUGUUGUUGUUUUCUGUGUGACGAUACUGAGAAGAGCAGCAUGAGUCUUGACUUGUAAACAUUCCCAAAAGUACUUCCUCAUAUUGCACUAUACCCUUUACUAUGUUAUAAACAAAUCAGACUUCUGUCAGCAUCACUGCUCCAUCUUUAAUAUUAUAUCUUAAUAUACCCAAUGUUUUACA